UCAGUUGUGAGUAUGUCCACUGUGAGAGUUCCAACAGAUUGUUUUCUUGGAGGUGCACCUGCUAGGAGAUCUUGUUCUCUAAUAAAGAGUCAAUCAUCUUUGGGAUCUGUGAAAAACAUAUCUAAAGGAUUUGGACUAAGAUCUUCUUCCUUUAGAGUUUCUGCAAUGGCUGUAUAUAAAGUGAAAUUAAUUGGACCAGAUGGUGAAGAGAAUGAAUUUGAAGCCCCUGAUGACUCUUACAUUCUUGAUUCAGCUGAAAAUGGUGGUCUAGAGCUACCUUAUUCAUGUAGAGCUGGUUCUUGCUCAACUUGUGCUGGCCAACUUGUUUCAGGGUCUGUGGAUCAGUCAGAGCAAUCCUUUCUGGAUGAGAACCAGAUGGAGAAGGGUUAUAUUUUGACAUGUGUCUCAUACCCAAAAUCAGAUUGUGUGAUUCACACCCAUAAGGAGGCUGAACUCUAA